GAAGCUGAGCGCCUCUGACUGUCAAGAUCCCAGUUUAGGAGGAGUUUCUGACUCCUGUAUCUCUCCCAGGACAUUUACCAAAACGUUUUUCACAACGUGAGAGUUGGGCUGAGCAGCAACAAUUACUGAGACCCGUGGAGACUUUUGGUCGUGCAAAGUUCGGUCUCCUGGUCAAGUAAACACUUUCUGGGAAAUGAGCCAAACUAACAGACAGUUGCCUUGUAGCAAAAUUAGUCCAGGGGGGGAGAAAAUAAGACCAGGCGACGCUGUGAGCGCUCCCAGCAUGACGCAAAAAACUGAAGAAAGUCGCUUCUAUUUCACCAAAAACUUAACAGGAAACGGUGCCGACAAUGCGGUCGCAACUAUUUACGGAUUCGUGCACACUGAUCCGCCAGUCUGUGACAUGGAAAAACAGUGCUGUCAAACAGGUGCUGCUCCUCAGGAGGAGUCGUUAAACGCUGACUGCCGUGUGGGCGACAGCCGCUCAGUUUCUGCCUGCGCCACAAUCUCAGAAACAGCCAGGGAGCUCUGCAAAGCCGUGUCCGUGUCGCUGGGACUGACCCUGGAGUACAACGACACCAGUGACAUGGACUCUGCUGUCCCCCCAUCUGUCGCAAAUGACCAAAUGUCAGGAUUAUUCGGAGUCGGUUCCGUCCCUCUGAGCUGUCCCGAAACCCUCGCUGCUGUUGCAAAGUACAGGUGCUCGGAGCGAGAUGACCAGAAGCAACUGGUGGAAAUGUUCAAAAGUUCAGAGACUCGGACAUCUGUGGAUGAGCAAAACUUCACACUGUGCGAGGCUGAUGACAUAACUUCUAAAGAGAUAGAUCAUCUAGACACAGUUUAUGCCCCAUCAGUGCCAGACAACCUGGAGCACUUCAACCUCGAGAGGCCGUGCAGAGUCUACAAGCCCCCCGAAGAAGCGACAGACUUCGGGGAAGCCAUGGAGCACAAUUUCUGCGGUUAUCAGCCGGAGCAAUACGGUGUUAAAGUGAAAUCAGAAGACAUGAGCGGUGAAUCUGCCGGGGCGUUGUGGGGCAGUAAUUACACAUUUAACGAGAAGUACAACUCUCAGCUUUGGGGAUCGAGGCAGCGCAUGAACGCACACAGCUCAGCAGCGAGCACCGCGCUCAUAUGUAAUCCAUACGAGAGGCGCGCCGUGCGUCCUGAGCAGUGGUACCCAGGCGGGAUGCUGAGGCCGCCCUGUCCCAACAGCAGCUACAUCAAGACCGAAGUCGGUGAAUGGCUGGAUGUCGCCUACAACGACACCAGGUUUGAGGCCGGCAGAGAGCACAUGUUCCCAAUGGAGUUCUUCUUCCCACCGCAGAGGACAUGCCUGAUCUGUUCUGACGAGGCAUCUGGCUGCCAUUACGGUGCACUCACCUGUGGCAGCUGCAAGGUUUUCUUCAAAAGAGCUGCAGAAGGCAAACAGAGAUACCUUUGCGCAAGCAAAAAUGACUGCACUAUUGACAAGCUACGAAGAAAGAAUUGCCCGUCUUGUCGGCUGAGGAAGUGUUUUGAAGCUGGGAUGACUCUAGGAGCACGCAAAUUAAAGAAGAUUGGUCAACAGAAAAACCCUGAAGAGGAACAUCACGUUCAAGAACCUACAGAGGCUGUCCAGAAUAUCUCUCCUAAAUCGAGCCUGAGCUUCAAUUCCCAGCUGGUCUUCCUCAACAUCCUGGAGUCCAUUGAGCCCGAGGUGGUGAAUGCAGGACAUGAUUACGGCCAACCCGACUCAGCUUCCAACCUGCUCACCAGUCUCAACGAGCUUGGAGAGAGACAACUGGUCAAAGUGGUCAAAUGGGCAAAAGGAUUGCCAGGUUUCAGGAAUCUCCAUGUGGACGACCAAAUGACUGUCAUUCAGCAUUCAUGGAUGGGGGUGAUGGUGUUUGCCUUGGGAUGGAGGUCCUAUAAGAACGUCAACGGCAGGAUGCUUUACUUCGCCCCUGAUCUUGUGUUCAACGAACAUCGGAUGCACAUUUCCACCAUGUAUGACCACUGCAUACGGAUGAGGCACCUUUCACAGGAGUUUGUGCUGCUGCAGAUCACCCAGGAGGAGUUCCUCUGCAUGAAGGCCUUGCUCCUCUUCAGCAUUAUUCCAGUUGAGGGUCUUAAGAAUCAGAAGUACUUCGAUGAAUUGCGUCUCUCCUACAUUAACGAACUCGAUCGCCUCAUCAGCUAUCAGAUUACGACCAAUUGUUCUCAGAGGUUCUACCACCUCACCCGACUCCUGGACUCUCUCCAGAUGACUGUAAAGAAGCUCCAUCAGUUUACAUUUGACCUUUUUGUCCAGGCUCAGUCACUCCCCACGAAGGUCAGCUUUCCAGAGAUGAUCGGAGAAAUAAUCUCAGUACAUGUACCAAAGAUCUUGGCAGGUUUGGCUAAACCGAUCUUGUUUCACGAAUAGAGGGAUUUUUUUAAUCAAGAAGUGACUCAUCUUUGCUGCCUCCAUAAACUUUAACGACGGCUUUGUACUGUUUCCCUACAUCUUCAAUCUAAUAGCUCUUAGCCGUGUCCUGUAAUCAUUAUUUUAUUGCAUUUUUUCCCCCUUUUAGCCAUAAUUGAGAUUGUUUGUUCUGAACUGUUAAAGCUUUUACCAGUGCAUCACUAGUUGACAGCGCUGCUGUCUCUGAGUGGAGAGUUUGUGUUUUCAGCCAGCCCAGAGAUGCUACUUUACAUACACACUAAGUCUGUAAAUCAUAUUACUGCAUCCUAAAAGUAGCAGGGUUAAAAACAUUAAGUUUUGCAUCUGACCUUCAUUAUAAAUACACUUGACAAGGUACUUAUGAAAACUUCAAAAAACAAGAGAUGGCCAUAAUAGCUGAUGGGAAUUCAAUCACAACAAAUACUUGUUUCCCAUCAACUUAACAAAGUCUGUUUUUAUAAUUGCACCUUUUAAGUUCCUACUUGUAAAAAUUAAUAUGGUAAAUACAACUUGGGAGGCGUUUAAGUGCUAAAGUGCCUUGAUGUGUAAAUCUCAGAUUUGUUUUAAAAAGUCACACAAUUUGAUUUAAUAUUAUUUUUUAGUAAAGGUCAAAACCUCAAAGCCUGUUCAGACUUUUUCAUGGCAGCGUAAAUAAACCUCUUUUGUUGCUGUUGAUGAAGUGUAACAAGAAAGUACCAAAAUAUGAGAAGUUAGAAUCAAACAGUGAGGUCAUUGCCAACAAGCUGCUGAAAUCAUUGUGUGACAUUAAAAUGUGUCACUUUUCCUUGUAAAGAUGCCUGAGUCAUUACUAUGACAAUCAGUGUAGUUAUGGUAGUCACAUGUUGCAACUGUAAAACACAAAAUAUAUGUGGAACAUUAUACUUUGUGUGCUGUGAAUCUAAAAUAUUAGAUUUGCCCCAAAAACACUUUUUCCUGUUGAGUGAAUGUGUAGCAGUUUUAUUGCUGCGGGUGGGUAAUUAAGAAUAAAGCCCCAUGUGUGGACAUGUGCUGUCUUAAUUACAAACAUGCAAAAAACUAAGUAAAGUAAAAUCGAGUGUAGUAGUAGUUAUUGAAAUUGAAAUGCAACUAUGUAAUAAUUAAUUAAACAUCAUUGUUGCAGAGUUGCAGAAAAUUCCCUCCCAAUUGUAUUUACUGCGUCUUUAGGUCGUUAGUUUAUACUCAAUUCAAAGUGUUGCUUUAGGAAUUACAGUGUUUCAGAAGUCGGAGGCAGUUGUAGUAUAUUAGUUUUUCACUAUUUGACUAUUUGGCAAUAAAAACUGUAUAUCCCAGACUGUGUUCAUGCAGUAUUAACUUCAAAUCAAAAUGACCGCGUCCACAGAAUACACUGCAUGCUCAUUGUCACUGGUCUGCACUUAAAAACUUUUCUCACCAGGUUGGCAGCAAAUGUGUAGAGAGCUACUGGUCUUGGUGUUAUUCAUUUUAAAGCAUUAACUUAUAUGCAGUGGGGUAACUUGUUAAAACAGGUACUUGGCAUAAGUGAAGUUAGAGAAAAUUGGAUGUUUGUUAAGAAGUAUUUAUACUUUACUAUUCCUCUGCAUAGCUUCACACUCAGUUUUUCUUAGAAACUAUAAUUAAAUAUUAAGAUAACUUUACAAUCCAAUACAAAGGUAACUCAUUUUUGGUGAAUGUGGCAUGGAAAUUCAAACUGAUAAUGCAACUAAUCUCACCACAGAAAUAUUGUGUCCUUUGCUGCAUGUCUAUUUAGAUAUAAUGCCUUUAGAAAAUAUUGAACCCUCCCAUCAGAUUAUUUUUGCAUUUACCGCGUCACAGCUUGAAUUUGUGUUUGAGUGAAAAACUUGUACGGACACAAGGAAGAAAAGAUGGCACCAAAUACAGGCAAACGCUGAGUGAAGACUUGAUUCAGACUGCCAGAGAUCUCAGAAGCAGAAAUGUUACAGCAGGACAACAAAUAGAAACUUACAACCAACUCAAAACUGGACGGGCUUCAGAUGUACAAUGUGAAAGUCCUUGACCACCAAACCUCAGAGAUAAAAACCGAGGAAAAAUCUAUGGAAUGCCUUGAAGAUAACUGAUCACAGACACUUGAGCAAAACUGUUGAAUAGUAUUAAUUCAUUGAGUUGGACGCAUCUGUGAGUUUUUGCAUCAAUCAAGGGGGGAAACAUAAGGCACUUUGUACAUACAACUUGGUCUACAUGAUGCAGUGUUUAAUUUAGACUGAAAUAGUGCUCUACUUUCAGUAGGUGACCGAUUGACCUAAAAUUGUAGAGCAUACUUUCUCUCAGUCCAGCUGCUCUGUGUUUAUCAUAAUCCAACAAAAACAAAACUUCAAAUUAACUUCUGUGGUUUAUUCCGCACCGUUCAGUAAUUAAAAAAAAAAAAAGUUUUAUAACUCUGUAAAUUCAACACUUUUUUAACAAUUCCACAUUUCUUUGAAAAGCUUGUCGAUGCAUGCAUCAUGUGUUUGUAAGACUGUAUUUGUACUUCUGACUUUAAGCUUUACAGAAAGCAAUGCAUGGACGUCCAUGUAUCUCUCUAAUUACCUGUUUAUUGAAUACUGACUGAUGGUGUCAUCAUCAGACAGCAUGAUAACAUUUUGUUAUACAGUGUACAGUUAUAUGUUGACUGUGACAGUCAGUUUCAGUUUUUUGUAACAGAUUCCUUCAUAAAAUUGACUUCAUCUGCACAAAUGCAUGUCCUCAUGUCUUCAUCUUGACUGACUUUUCAAUAAAUGUGUCUGCUGUCAUUUUAGGGAGCCUUAAACAGGAACCCAGAUUACAUAUUUUACAUUUUCAAAAACAGUAAAAAAGAUUCAGAGCUUCAGUAUUUAUCAGAAGUUUUGAUCAAAUUAAAAAAAAUCUGAAUUUCAGAAUUCCUUCUUACAUUUCCUGAAUGCACUGUAAGAUUGUUACUCUUUAUCCUUCAAAUUGAUGUUUUUUUAUGCUGUUGUAGCUUUAUUAUGCAUUUCACAAGGAGGGGGGGGUGAAGGUUUUACCAGUGGAUCUCACACCUCAAUGAGCCACCUACAUGUAGAUGCCCUGUACAUUUUUAAUACUAAUGAUUUCAUCACACUAGCCUACAGUGUUUGUAUAAUGUCAAUGGACAGUAGCUGGUAUGUGCCCAAUGUACUGCAUAUUAACCUGAUUCUUUGUACAUGCUCCAGUAACUGUAUAUAUUGAUUAGUUCAAUGUCUGUUUUAGUGUCCGAACACUUGACUUUUAAAGUCAUCUCUUGUAUGAUUUAUACCUUUUGUGACCUGUGUGUUUUUCAAUAUGUAUGUUUUUCAAAGGUGUAAAGCUGCAUCAUCUUUUGAAGGCAAUUAAAAUAAUUCUGACACUCAA